AUGUCCGAUAGUUCGUCGAGUGAAGACGAUUCUGAUGAAGACGCUAUUGAUGAGGAAGAACAGGAGCGACAAGAGGAAGAUGCUCUUGCGCAAUUGAACAACACAAUAGAAGAAUUAUCAAAAGAAAAGGAACGAGUAAACAGCGAAAUACAAAAGCUUCAAGCUGAGCAAAGUUCUCUAAAAGGCGACGUUACUAAAAAUGAAGCUCUUGUGACAGAAUUACAUGCAGAAGUCAAGCGUCACAAGGAAAAGUUGGCCGAAAUUGAGAAAGAACUAAACGACUUGGAAUCUCAGCGCGUUCAUCUGGAAGAAGAACUCGAACAGCAAGAGCGUGUUCGUGAAGAACAACAACAAGAAUUAGAGAAACAAAUCGAUUUAUUAGAAACUUUACAAGACAAAUUGGAUGAACUUGAAGAAGAGAAAAAACGUUUGGAAGAACACCAAGAAGAACUUGAACGUGAAAAACAAGAAGUUGAACAAAAAAUAGCUGAAUUGCAACGAGAAAUUCAACAAUUGGAGCAAGAAAUAAAAGAAAUGUUGCAAAGAAUUCAACAGCUUGAAAAUGAAAUCAAGCGUCUUCAACAGGAGAUCGAACAUCUUCAAGAAGAUAUUCGAGAGAACGAACGAAAAAGGCAAGAAGUUGAACAAAAGAUUGAACAACUUGCACAAACAAUUGUGAAUUUGGAACGCGAACGUGAUCGGUUAGAAACUGAAGUUGCUCGAAUUGAUGAUUUAAUCAAACGUAUCGAACUUCUCAUCGAUAUGAAACAAAACAAUAUUGAAGAAUUUCGACAGUUACUAGCUGACCUACAACAAGAAUUGCAGAAAGCGCAGCAACAACAGGAGCAAAUUAAAAAAGAGAUUGAACAAUUGAAUCGACAAGCUGUUCAAGUUCGAAAUGAACUUAAACCAUUGCAAAACCAGCUAAAUCAACUAAAUCAAGAAAUCGCUCGGCAACAAAAUGAAUUGAGAAAAGCUAUUGAAGCUGCCGAACAAGCAAAACAAAAAUUUAAUCUUAAACAGCAAGAAUCCACGAAACUUCAACAAGAGGAAAGACAAUACACGUCACAAAUUGAAACCAAACAGCAAGAACAUACCAAACUUCAAGGAGAAAAGCAAAAUCUAGAAGCUGAAGACAAAAGAUUAAAUGAUGAAUUAAAAGUAUUGCAGAAUAAUUUAAGGACCGCUGAGACCAAUCUCGACAAUUCCACGAGAAAGUUGAUUGAAGAUAAAAAACUUCUUCAACAGCGUGAAGAAGCACUUAAAACAGCUCAACAGAAACAUCGCAAGGCCGAAGAUGAUUUACGAAAACAACAGCAAGUUGUUACGGACCUGAAACGUGACUUACAUCUUGCAAAACUCAAAGAGCAACAGUGUAAAGCCGAGGAGCAAAAAGCUCAGGCUGAAGUAACCUUAGCUGAGCAAACUCUACGAAUGGAAGAGGCGAAUUUGCGACUAGCAAAAUUUGAAUUACGGCUUGCUAAACUUGACACUAAUCCUUCGCCAAAUCUUGCUGCAAAAGAAGCGGCUGUACAAAAAUGCCAAGCCGCUGUUCAAAAGGCGAGAAAUGGUCUGAGAAAUAGUAAAAAUGCCCAUCAGAAGAAGAAACAAGACCACGAACAAGCUCAAACAAAUCGAAAGAAAGUUGAAGAGAAAGUUCAACAAGCAGAGAAAAAUUUGGAGGCGCGAAACACCGAUGCCAUCAAUAAAAAGAAAGAAGUGGACACCGCUCAAAAGAAUGUGACUGAUCAAAAGAAAACGAUUGAACAGACGAAUAAAAACAUUGAAACUUAUAGAAAACAACGCGAAGAUCUUACAAAACAAAGUAAAGAUAAAAGAACGGCCAUAAACAACGUUAAAAAUCAGAUCAAUACGAAGCAAAAAUCAAUGGAAGAAACACAAACUAAAAUCAAUGAUUUAACCAAGAAGAGAACAGCCGUUACUCAAAAGAAAGCUCAAGUAGAAAGAGAAUUGACUGGUCUCAAAACCGAAAGAGAUACGAAACUCAAUGAGCAAACUCAAAAACAAAAUAAACUCAAUGAAUCAAAACAAACUCAAAGAAAUGUCAAUGCACAAGUUGAACAAAAACGAGGAAGUGUCGCAAAUUUUGAACGAAAUAUUACACAAAAGCAGCAAAUGGAGAAUGUCAUCAAAGGAAAAAUAAGCAACGCACAAGAAAAUGUCAAAUUAGCAAGUAAAUCAAUCAUUGAACUGAAAUCAGAGGUUCAACAGCAACGAACUCGUCGAGACACAACAGAGAAACAACGUUCGAAGUGUGAACAAGAUCUACAAUCAUCGAAAGGUAAAAUUGAAAGUUUAGAAAACGAUAAACGACGACAUGAAGAGGAUCACAAACGGUUAGAGCGCGAUAUUGAGAAAAAACAUCAAGAUUUGGUUGAAAAACAAAAUGAUUGCCAACAGGUUCAAUAUAAAGUAGAACAAAAUCGAAAUGAAGUUCAAGCGAAACGCACUGAGUUUGAACAGCAGAAGCAAAGAAAGGUGGAAUUAACAAGUGCUCUAAACGAAAACAAACGAAAAAUGCGAGCAGCGGAUUCAAAAAUCAAAGAAACAAACAGAAAAGUAGAUCGACAACAACGAUUAAAAGAAUCGGCCGAAAGUAAAGUUCGAGAAACUGAACAAAGUAUCAAAUCCAAGGAAAAAGAAUUGGAUCGGUUGAAUAAAAACAUUGUUACUAUCGAGCAAAAGCGAACCGAUGUGGAAAAUUUACAUCAAACGGCUUCUAAAAAGCGGGAAGAAGCAGAAGGAAAACAGACACUUCUUAAAAAUCGAUUGGCCGAUUGCGAUGGAAAAAUGGCUACACAUCGUGCACAAGCGAAUCGUGUCAGUCGAGAUCUUAUAACGAAAGAACGUGAACGUUACAAACGAGAAAACAAGAAUACUACAUCUGACAAGAAUAUUAAAAAAGAAGUAAAAAAAUCACGUACAAACGCGAAUCGUCAACAGAAAACAUAG